UCUUUGCUCGAGGAUCUGGACCUCAAGUGGCACUGUGGAACCAGCCACGACUGGAAGAGGUGUUCCAAGGAGGAACUGCUGAAGCUGGUGGAAAACCUCGUGUCUCCAAGUACCCUCAAAGUACACAGGCUGAGCAGCCAAAGCACUCAUAGGUCCCCAAAGUGAAAGAAAAAUUCUGAGAUGCAGAAAGUCUUAUUUGCUACCGCAAAUGGGAAUCUGGAAUAACUAUGAAAAACACACUGAAAUAAUUGUGUUUGACUGGAACAAAAUUCUUACAAAGUCCCCAAGGAUGAGAUUCUGUGCCAAAUCAAUGCUUCUCUCUGAGUGGCUCUUUCUGGUCUAUGUGUUAAUGGUCUGCUGUAAAUUGUUGUCCGCCUCUAGCCACCAUCCCCGGGGGCACACAGGCCAGCACCAGGUCAAGCAGGGGACAUGUGAGGUUGUGGCCGUGCACCGCUGCUGCAAUAAGAACCGGAUCGAGGAGCGCUCCCAGACAGUGAAGUGUUCCUGCUUCCCGGGGCAGGUGGCUGGGACAACACGGGCCCAGCCCUCGUGUGUGGAAGCUUCCAUUGUCCUACAGAAGUGGUGGUGUCAUAUGAACCCCUGUUUGGAUGGAGAGGACUGUAAAGUACUACCAGACUAUUCAGGUAACACGGUAGCAAAGACUAAACCUGUGGGUCACUACCAGAACUACGGCACAUGGAGCUGUUCCUAGGCUGUUGCACAGAGACCCUUUUUGUCAUGAUGUUCCUGACUUUAUUCUUUGAACUUGAAAAAUGAGUCAGCAAAAAGGACAGUGCUUCUCCCUGCAA